CUUUUUUACUCUAUGACUUAACCUACAAUUUGAAAACAACAUUCAACAUUGUUGGUUGAAAAACUUUUAUUUCUGCAGUUGAUGGAUUAAGUUCUUAUAGAUUUGUGAAUCAGUGAUAUAGAUUUGUGAAUUUUCAAUUAUGGGGAAAGCAAAGAAAACUAGAAAGAUUGUUGAAAAACGAUUUGCCAAAAUGAAAACCAUGAUAAGUCCCAGCGAUCCUCGUAUAAAAGAUGAGAAAAGAGCUCCUCCGAAGAAGACAAAACCAGAAGAUCCACAUAAAGUGAAGGUGAAUGAAGCACCGCAAUCUAGCUCCGCACUGUUCUUCCAAUACAAUACACAGUUAGGUCCUCCAUAUCAUAUACUCCUGGAUACGAAUUUCAUCAACUUCUCCAUUAAAAACAAGUUGGAUAUCAUACAGAAUAUGAUGGACUGCCUAUAUGCCAAAUGUAUCCCUUAUAUCUCCGACUGCGUCUUAGCUGAGCUUGAAAAACUAGGGUCAAAGUACAAAGUAGCACUGAAAAUUAUUAAGGAUUAUCGAUUCGAAAGACUACAUUGCACACACAAAGGAACCUACGCUGAUGAUUGUAUUGUACAACGGGUUACCCAACAUAAAUGUUAUAUAGUUGCUACAAAUGAUAGGGAUUUGAAGAGAAGAAUUAGGAAGAUUCCUGGUGUUCCUAUAAUGUAUGUUUCUCAACAUAGAUAUACCAUAGAGAGAAUGCCAGAUGCUUACGGAGCCCCAAAAACAUAGUUAA